CCUAAUGAUGUCACAUUGAACAUGCUUUUCUGCGGUUGUUUACAGAAUAAGAAUUACUAUGAAGCAGGUGUACUCCUAGAUGAAAUGCUUGGUCAUCGGUUUGCAGCAGAUGCAUCUAUGGCAUCUGCGUUACUGUACUUAAUUGAAGUGCAUGAACCGGAUGCUGCUCUCCUUGCCUUGCGUGAGAAGUACUUUCCAUAGGUGUGACAAGGAAAGAGAGGGCCUUGCCUUUCUCUGUACUUCACGCUUCUCUAGUUGAGAUGCUGCUACUAAUUCUGCCAUACUUCCUCUCCAACUCUUUGCUACUUGAAUAACAUGUAAUUUUAUUUAUACCAGUAAGUAUCAUUAUUUUCUCCAGUCAUUCAAGUAUCAACUUGAAUCGUUCAUAUUAGCAAAUAUGGCUAGUUACAACAAAGUAGCUAACAAUUACCGCUUCCACAUGGUGGGGGCUGGAGCCCCCUAAAUUUUACUAAUUUUAAUCAACAGGAUGAUUGAUAGGAGGCUCUGCAAAAGAUUUAUGGUUAUUUGAUUUGCUAACAAAUUUAUUCUUUUUAUAAAAAAUUUACUAUUCAUUGGUUGAGAUUAAUAUGGCUCUAUAUACGCCUUGAGAUUUUAUUUGAAUUUAUAAUCACCGGAUGCAUCUUGCGCAUUACUUGUUUUCCUCGUUCUAAAAGUUGUAAAUUUUGUUAAAUGUAUCCUGUUCCUAAUGCAGGGAAGAGAAAAAGAUGUUGUUGUAUUUUCAUGUGUCAGGGGAAGCAAAGAUAAAGGCAUCGGAUUUUCUGCUGAUUCUCCGAGAAUGAAUGUUACCAGAGCAAGGUCUUCUGUUUGGGUUGUGGGUUCUGCUUCAACUUUGAGAAAAGACGAGCACUGGAAAAAUCUCAUCAAGAGUGCAGAAAAGAGGAAUGCUCUUUAUAAGGUUUCGAAGCCGUAUGCUGAUUUUUUCAGUGACGCAAACAUUGCAUCUAUGGAGAUUAAGAAGACCGUGCCAGAACUGCAGGAAGUCCCUAAUGAUGAUAUUGGUUUCGACAUGGCUAUAGAUGUUAAUGUCGAUGAUGGACCAGCAGAUGUUCAAGAUUGGGGUGGGGGAGAUGCAGAAGGGUUUGACGGAGCUGGAGAUGAUGACUAACUUGGGAUCAAGAUUGGGGUGGUGGAGAUGCAGAAGUGUUCGACGGAGCGGGAGAUGAUGACUAACUUGGGUAUAGCAAUGUGUCCUGGUUCACUCUGUUGCUGCUAUAGUAAAAACAUUUUGUAUAUUAUAAAAUCAACAAUGCUCAUGCAAAUUUAUCAACCCAAUUAUUUUUAUUAUUUAGUUAUA